AUGCGCCGUGCGCUGCCCCGGGCCUGCCGCGGCCGCAGUCACUUCCUGCCCUUGCGCCCAUCCGGCUCCGGGGUCGCGUCGCGGGGCCGCUUGGGCGGGACAGGCGACGGCGAGUUCGCGUCGGGGCGCGGCGACAACAGCGCGCUGCCCUUCCCCGCCGGGCCCCGCAUCGUCGGCGGUGGCAGGGUCCCCCGCGCCCGCCUCAGCGGAGCCUCCUCUCCGGGCGCCCUGCUCGCUGUCACCUGCUGCCUGCGCCUCCUCGGAGCAACCCAGGGGCUCCUUCUUCCUUCCUCCCUCUCCGCCUCCCGCGCGCGUCCCGCCGGCCGGUGGCGGGCAGGCGAAGAGGGGCUUCGCUCACGCCCAGCUGCUGCCCGCCCGGCAGGCACCCCACGCGCCUCGCUCGGGCCGGGCUGGCGUCUCUCGCAGGAGCCUUUCCCGUAAGUGUGGUCGCCGCUGAAACUCGCCUCUUCGCCUUCCCUCCGUCACGGGCACCCUCGCCCGCCGCGGAAAACACGGAGGAGAUGCGUGUUGGUUGGUUGGUUUGGCUGGCGUGUGUGGGUAUACGCGCGCGUGCCCGCCCCCUCCCCUCGCGCGCCGAUGCUGGGUUGUGUGAGGCGGGCGACCCGUGUGACAGGUGGCCCCGGAAGAGCGCGCGAGGAGUUGGUAACCUGGGAGGAGGUGGUGUGUUCGGGGGAGAGGGAACUUGUGUGGAGGGGGGUGAGUGACAGAGAGGGAGAGGGGUGUGUGGGUGUGUUUGGGAAUGUGGGUUCUGUAUUGGAAUGCUUGUUCUUGUUGUUGUUUUGUUCCUGCAUCGCUGAUGGAAAGGCUAGUGAUGGGGUGGAAGUGGGUGGGUGGGUGGGUGCGUGGCUAGGUCGUAAUGGUUGGCAUGGUCUGGGUUGGCAUUCCUGUAUGUGUCAUGGAUCAGCCCAGCACCAGAUUUAGGGCAGUGUCAGGCGGUUCCACAGCACAGGGCGCUGAGCCGAAGGAUGAUGAUGAUGAUGAUAUCUUAUACUUAUGUGGGUACCUACUGAGAAGAUCGGUUAAAAAGCAACCGUGCCAAAUUGAGUUAUUGUCAAUUUUUUAAAAUACAGUUAUUGAAAAUUCAAAAAGUACAUGAUUAUAUGUACACUAAACGUUUGAGACGUAAGUAAAUGAGAGAAAAGGAAAAAGAGAAACAGAACCUGUGUAGAAGCGAAAAUAAAGGGAGGAGGGGGAAAUGGGGUAUUCUUACAAAUACUGUAAUAGGUUAGGAACUGGUGAAGUACAAUAACAACCUUUUAAAGUAUACAGUUUGAGGUUUUUCCCCCUAACCCCUUUAUGAAUUAUUGUCAAAUUAACAUUUGGGGUAUGUGUGCCAAAUUUCAUCCUCACUCACAGUGCAAUAUUACCCAGGGACAAAACUAGGCGUUACUUCACAAGGGUCAAAGACCCAGUUUGGCACCGCCCCUACGCACAUUUGUGGGCUCUGGUGUUCGAAACUCCCACUGUUCCAGGCGCAUUUUGUGACAGGAAAUUUCACUAGCACGAGCAGUUUUUGAUCUCUGGGCGCAGUACUGCACCUAAGAUUUCAGAUUAAAAUGUGGAGUGGAAGGAAAGGAGGACCUUUUUCUGCUUCCCCACUUCCAGCUACUCUCUGACGACUGGAGAAGAAAUCCUCUUAAGAAUAUUAGUGGGGUAGGCAGGGAAACGACUAGACCAUGUGAAAAAUGAACAUAAUAUUUUAGCUGCUGUUCAUUCAUUUUCAGCUUUGUAUUGUUCUUAGGUUUAAGUUUAGCUCCUAGCUUUCACAUCUCAGUUUCUAACACUGCCGUGUAAACACACACACACACACACACACACAAAGAGAGAGGGGGGGGGGCUGGGAGCCUCAGUGGUACCCCUCUAGGCUUCACCCAGGGCAAAAAACCUGGCAAGCUCUUGCAUAGCUAUGGCACUGUAUUACCAAAGUCCGCCCCUGGAUAGUCAUGACUUUUCACAAGGGGACACUGAGGAUUUGGCCAAGGAUAGUGGGCCAGUGCGUUGCCCCCUCUUCCCCAUCUGCCAGCCUGCAACAUCUGUUGCCAUAUGGCCAACAGGUUGAUCCUACAUAUCCUCCAGCAACAGGACAUUUACCAGGUGCAGCAAUGCUGAUUUCUGUGGCGUUGAUCUCCUUUGCAUCAUCACAUGUUUGAAGCUAUGUGCACAGGACACAUCUUAUUUUGGUUUAUAUUUGACAACUGGAGGGCAAGGGAGUGCCUAGCUCAGGACUAGGUUUGGAUCAAGUUCUUGAUCCCUCAUUUAUGGUGAAUGUGAGAUUGGUGAGGGCGGUGGAACUGCAUGGUUUGACUUGUCAGGUAAGAAGGGACUGGUUUCGACUCCUCAGUUGCAGUAGACCGUAUGUGGUCAUUUGUCUGUCUUUACACAGUGGGAUUGAUUCCUGACAAUAAAAAUUGGUUUAUUAUUUACUUAUGGCAUUUAUAUACUGCUUAAUUGUUUCCAUUUAUAAGCAGUGUACAUAAAAACAGUCCACAGAAAGUGAGACAACAAAAUGAGUUCUGUAGAUAGUUCUAAAAUUGUCUGGCUUAAGUUGUCAAGGGAGAGUUUUUCUGCAUAUAUGGAGAGGGAGGGAGAGAAGAGGUGUCAAGUUUGGUGUGUAAGAGGUAGGAUGACUUUUUUGAUGGCGAUAUCUGUGCAGAUAAAUGUGCAUUUUCAAAUACAGUUGUGGUUGCCAACAAUUAAACACAUUUUCCAGCCCUAUUGCUAGAUACAUGGGGGAGCAACAGGUGCUGGUGAAAUGUGAGCCGUCUGGUGCCUAGCUGAUAUAUUUAAGUUUCUAACAUGGGUCCACAUGGACUGCAUACAGAUAGAGAUAGCCUUCGUCAAGGACACAAAGCUUGAUCAUUUAUUUAGAUGCUGGUGCUGCAAUCCUACACAUUCUUUUUUGGGAAGUGAGUCCCAUUGUGGGUGAAAGAGACUUACCAUUGAGUAAACAUGCUUGGAUUGAGUUGUGUGUAGAUCUUGUCAUGAUUCAUCUUCUUUGGCGAUCACUCGUAGCCGAGUAAGAUUGUCUUCCAUGAAUAUGGUUUUAACACUGUGUCCAUAGGUGACUGUGGAGGCCAAUUCUGGAUCCACACAUCCUUCCACAGUGGGGACAUAGGUUUCCAGGCAGGAGUUGAUGACGAUGAGGAUUUGCCAAGCGUGCCUUCCUCUUAGUACAUUUCUCCCUUUCAUUUUGAGUUCGAGUGUCUUCAAACUCCAUGACGCCUUUAGCAGAGGCCAGUUGGAGCACUCGCAGGCCAGUGUUUUCCAGCUGUCGGUGUUUAUACUACAUUUUUUAAAGAUUUGCCUUGAGAGCAUCUUUGAACCUCUUCUGUUGUCCAUCGACAUUACGCUUUCCAUUCUUAUGUUGGGAAUAGAGUAAGAGCUGGUAUAACUGGACAACAUAGUACCAGUACUUUUCCUUUGAAUGGAAAGUAAAUGUGUUAAGGCAUGGCCUGCAAUGGUUACUCCUGAAGGAGCUCUUGUGGUUCACGAUUAUUAAACAAAUUUAUAGACCACUUCAAAACAUAAAGCCAUCAAUGUGGUGUGUGUACACGUAGAAACAUAAUUAAAUGUUAUGCUGUUACGAAGGAGCAAGCAUCAUAUACUUUAUCUGCAAACAGUUGGACCAUUUUAGGGAAUGACAUUUUGUAGUGCUCUUAACUCCUUCAACUGCAGCAUGAGGGAACCUACCCAAAGUUCUGCAGUUCUAUGUAUGUAGCCUCAAAUAUGUGUGAGGCAGCAAAGGAGAUCAGUGGCUUACAAGUUAGCAGUGAUGUGACUGGGUGCAUGCAAUUUGAAAUCUGUAUUGGAGGAUAUUUAGGAACAAGUUGCAUAAAAAUACUGGAUUGGUAAAUUCACUCCAUAAGCUUGUAGAUAUGCUUUACUCUAAAGUAGUGUAUUUCUGAUUCCCCAUCCUCCAGUUUUGAUUGGAUGCUGGUGGAGUGCUGAAAACCGCAAACAGCCCUUUUUUUGAGUAGGCCAUCAUCUGUCCUGAAUUAUUUCAUUCCGAUAAAUAAAUUCCUUUGUGAAUGUCAGUUUGCAUUACAAAAUGUUUGCAAAUAGGGCUGAGUGAAAAUGUUAUUUUGGUUACUCCGAUGUGCAUUUUAUAGGUUUCUAAUGCUCGGCUGAAAGAAUUCAGGAGACUUAUUCUCCCUUUUGGAUUAAAAUCCAAGUCAAGACAAUAAUUGCUGUUUCAGCGCCCUUUACCAGCUGGAAAGUAGCAAAUAGCCAGGGGGAAAGAGAAGAAAAGAGAUUCCCGAAAAGAGUUCCAGCAAUGCUUUUCAGGAAAACUACAUUUCCCAGAGACUGCUGCACUGGAGAAACUUUCCCCCUUUACACAUCCCGUAGCUAUUUGCUGUUCUUGGAGCAGUAUAACUGGCUAACCAGCCAGGUAACUACUGUAUUUUCCGCUCCAUAAGACGCACCUGACCAUAAGAAGCACCUAGUUUUUAGAGGAGGAAAACAAGAAAAAAAAAAUUCUGAACGAAACAGUGAAUGUAUGAUUUUUGUGGUUCGUGCUGUGGCCACAGACAUGUGAUUUGACAGUGAGUUUGGAGUAGCCCAAUGCAAAAAUCCUGAGGAUCCAUGUGGACCUGUGCUUUGUAACCACGUUUUUGUGUCAUUGCGGCCCCAGGCAACAGUGGGUGCGUGAUUUUUUGGGUGCAGGCUGUAGCUAUGGACAUGCUAUGUGAUCUGAUGGUGAAUUUGGGGUGACCCAAUGCAAAAAUCCUGAGGAUCCGUGGGCUUUUACCUCCCCCUCCCAGGCAGCCUCCUUUAUUGCUAGCGUCCCUUAUCUCCCUCCCUGAUCGCUUCCUGAUCAGCUGCUUCCUUUCAACACCCCCUUCCCUCUUGUUUGCCUUAGUGUCUUUUCCUUAGCUGGAGCAGUUUUUUGCUCCUCCCUUUCUUCUAAUUUCUCUCUUCAUUGCUUUAGUCUUCCUGUCUCCUCUCCUUGCAAGUUUGCUGUCUUUACCUCCCCCCUCCCAGGCAGCCUCCUAUACUGCUAGCGUCCCUUAUCUCGCUCCCGAUCGCUCGCCAAUCAGCGGCUUUGUUUCAACACCCACUUCCUUUUUUUAAAAAAAAAAGAAAAAAAGCAUGAUCUGCAUUUUGCCCUUGGGCAAUUCGGCUCCAGGGACCACACAUUCGCUCCAUAAGACGCACAGACGCCUGUGCGUCUUAUAGUAGAAGUAGAAAUACAACUGGAUGUGAGCUGGCGGAAAACCAGUAAGUCGAAGGCUGCUUCCAAGGCUGCCGGAGACUGCAAUUAUCUGCUCAUUAAAGCUGAUUUACGAUGCGGACUUUACAGUUAUUAGCAAUGUGAACUCCUAGCAUGGGCUCCAACACCCUGAUACAAUCUUCAGCAAAAACUUGAAAGGCUGGGAGCCACAGCGCAAAUUUUAGGGAGGAUUCGAAAUGAACUCCGGCAAAUGCGUCUUACCUCGUCGCCAUCUUGUUUUCUUCCUCGCCUUACUUUCUAGGAAGAAAAAGGUGCGUCUUAUGGAGCGAAAAAUAUGGUACAUAUAUGCCCUGCUUCAUCACAGGGUGGUUCAAACAUAACGGGGGGUUAGAGAGAAGGAAUAAGUAGGGUUGGGGAUUGAGGUGGGACAAAAGGUAUUUGAGGGUUUACAGAGCUUAGAUCAGCUAAUUUGAAUUAGCGCUGAAAAGGAGUGAAGAACUUUCCUGAUUUGGGAGGGAAGGACUUGCCUCGUUUCCAAGCCCGUGUGAUGCAACUUAAGCUGCCUCUAAUUGCAGUAGCUAUUUCUAAAACAAAAUUUAUCCAUGUAUCCAUGUCGUAACAAUGGCUGAGUUGAGAAGAUUUCGUUUUUUCAUAUGUGGAAUUGCUCUUUGUAUAUAUGUUCAAUAUUCACCGCUCAUUCUUAGAUCAGUGAUUUUUACAGGGAAGUCAUGUAACACUGCAGAACCUUAUUUUCCUUGGUAAAUGAUAGAAAAUUUGCUUAUUUUAGCAGAAACGAGCUACUAGAUGUAGAAGGAAAGUAG